AUGACUACUGAGGAUAAGGAAAAGGCUGAGAUUCUCUAUGCCUUCUUUACAUCUGUCUUUAAUAGUCAGACCAGUUAUCCUUGGGGUACUCAGCCUCCUGACCUGAAAGUCUGGGAUGGGGAGCAGAAUAAACCUACCACAAAUCAGGUGGAUACAGUUAGAGACCUGCUGCUCCACCUAGACUGUCACAAGUCUGUGGGGCCAGAGGGGGUCCGCCCAAGGGUGCUGAGGGAGCUGGCAGAUAUGAUUGCUGAGAUGCUUUCCAUCAUCUAUCAGCAGUCAUGCUUUGUUUUGGCUUUAGAUGAGUUGCAGAAGCUGUUAAUCAGUGGUGAUAUAUACUGUGUCAAAGGGCUUUUAUCCUCUCGAGGGAAAAUCCUUCACGUCCUAAAGGAUGUCUUAAAUAAAUUUCUGCCUGUGAAUGCCCACCAGCUGGUAUCUGGGAAAUUACAUGUUAUCCUCACCCGCGUACAUGACUGGAGAAGCGUGACAGUUUCGGAAUUUGCCACAAAGGAGGACCUCAUUCAGGCCCUGUUAUGCAGCUGCUUCGUCCCUUUGUGUUUUGGCUUUCUCCCUCCUCUGUACCAUGGGGUGGUUUGUGACCAGUUUUAUGCCGAUGGCUACCGGGACACUGUCACCUUCUUAAAAAACCUGAGUUUAUUUGGUAUAAAUUAUCUUGCUGAGGACUUUAAACAAUUGGACAAGGAAUUGUGUCAGAAAGGUGAAGGGACCCUGCACAGGAAGCCAGAAGCAAGAAUACUUCACUCCAGGGCCACAGACCCUGAGGACAUCACCAAAGAGAAGAUACUAAGCAUUCAGACAGCACAAGAAAUAGAUGGAGAAGACCCAAACCACCCUUUGCAACCAUCAGAAAGGCUCAACGAGGUGAAAACAUCUGGAAAGGGAGAGAUUCCCCUCAGUGGGUAUUAGUGAAGCCUUGUGCUGAGCUUGUUUUGGAUGAAGUUUGAGAGCAGGGUCUUGCCAGCUACAGAAGAUUGUUUCUAAUGCAUCUGCUGCCUUUUACCCCAGUUUAUGUUUCAAAGAGAAGAGAGCAACUUGCAACCCAGCCUGCUGACACACACCAAGAUGCAUUGAAGAACACACUGGCAAUAAUGUCACCAGCACAGGCUGGGCCACAGCACUCCUCCUAUCCCUGCAGGCCUCAUUACCCUACCUGAGCAGGGCUGUUUCAGGAGAAAUACAGAAUCUGCUGCAUGGUUUGAAGGGAGUGCAUCUGGCUUUCCCAGCUUGAAACAAGCUCCUGCAUGAGAUGAUUCAAAAAAAUGUCAAACUUUGCUUCUGCCCCUUGCAAAGACUCCUUUGUGCCAUUAGCCCCAAGCUUGUGGAGAGCAGACAGCACCAGAUGUGCUUACUUGAAAAGAUGAAGGCUUAAUAAAGCAUAAAGCAGCUGA